AUGGCGUGGAGUCAUCUGUCCAUCAAUCAGCCACACUUGGUCUACACAAUACUUGGCGGCUUCACCUCUCUUUUUAUGCUUUGCUCUUCAUUUGUCAAGGAGAGAAUGUAUAUUGGUGAAUCAACGGUAGCAACUCUAUGCGGCAUCAUAUUCGGGCCGCACGCCGCUAAUCUCAUCGACCCCAUGGGUUGGGGAAAUACUGAUCAAUUGACCUUGGAAUUCUCCCGUGUUGUACUCGUAGUGCAGUGUUUUGCAGUUGGCGUCGAACUUCCAAAGUACUACAUGGAAAAACAUUGGAGAAGUGUUCUCUUCUUACUGAUUCCAGUCAUGACCUUCGGAUGGUUAAUGACAAGCCUGUUUAUCUGGUGGAUGAUACCUCCGCUUAAUUGGCUAGAUAGCCUUUGUGUUUCGGCUUGUGUCACAGCAACGGAUCCUGUACUGGCUAGCUCUGUUGUCGGUAAGGGAAAGUUUGCCAAGAGAGUUCCUCGACAUUUGCGCGAUAUUCUAUCUGCUGAAUCUGGCUGUAACGAUGGCAUGGCAUUUCCAUUUGUCUAUCUAGCACUAUAUCUUAUUGAGUAUCGACCUGACACUGAAAAGUUUGCCUUUCAUUGGUUCAUCAUUUCCAUACUAUACGAAUGUGUGUUUGGAGCUAUCUACGGAUUUGUCAUUGGUUAUGUCAGUAGACAAGGCAUUAAAUACGCCGAAAAACACGACUUGGUCGAUCGAGAGAGUUUUCUUGUCUUUUAUUUUGUCCUCGCCCUAUUCUGCGCCGGUUCUGGUAGCUCGCUUGGUGUGGACGACCUUCUAGUCGGGUUCUCCGCCGGUGUUGGCUUCUCAAAUGAUGGCUGGUUCACACAAAAGACAGAAGAAUCCCACGUUUCAAAUGUUAUCGACUUACUUCUCAACUUAACGUACUUUGUCUACUUGGGCACCAUCAUUCCGUGGGAACAAUACAACAACCCUGACAUGGGCAUCACCCCGUGGAGAUUGGUAGUAAUCGCUAUUUUUGUGAUUCUUUUUCGCAGGAUACCAAUCAUGAUGAUCCUAAAGCCAAUAAUUCCAGAUAUCAAGACAUGGCGUGAAGCGUUAUUUGCUGGUCAUUUCGGUCCCAUUGGAGUAGGUGCAAUCUUUGUUGCUAUACUGGCUAGGUCUGAGCUAGAAUCUGGGAACCCCACUCCAACAUUACACGUCGAUCCAGACGGAGAACAUUUUGUGCUAGCCUGGCUUAUAUGGCCGAUCACAACUUUUCUAGUAAUCUCUUCAAUUCUUGUCCAUGGAUCAUCCAUUGCUGUCUUUACCCUCGGAAAACGUAUCAAUACAUUGGCUCUUACCAUGUCAUACACCGCUGCAGGUGAAGAUGGACCUGGCUGGCUAAAUCGACUUCCUAGAGUUACAUCAACUUCAAGAUCCCAGGCUAAGUCCAUGACUUCAGAGACCGACGAGAAUGAAUCAAAAUUAGGUGACUUUGCUCCCGGAGAAUUACCUCCGAUCGGGAUACCGAGAGAAUUCCUUCGACGCCAGCGAGAAGAUGAAGCUCCUAUUCAUGGCUCUAAUGCAACGCCCUUGAAAAAUCGUCGCGAAAAGAAAAGGAAGAAAAAGUGGGAUGAUGGCCUAGGCCCUGGGGGACCAAUAAGCCAGUCCGCCAUCUAUCCGCAACGUAGAGACAGCGAGACUCAUGGUGAACAAGCCCCCGAAACAGUCGCGCAUCAAGAUGACCUCUCUGAAGACGAGACAAACCCUGCAUGGGAAGAGGUAUCAGAUGACUCUGAGGCUUCGGAAUCUUUGCCCGAACUUCACCUUCAAGUUAAUGAAAAGCCCCCUAGCUCUAUCGCUGAGAAUAAGUAUGACUUGGCAGAUGUUUAUGUCGAAGGUAGUAAAAUAAUAAUUGAGAGUGACGAAGGUGACGUGCUGAAAGUUGUGAGAACCGAAACUGAUCACUCAAACUCUCUCAAGAAAAAUCAUACAUCAAAAGAUCUUCUGGAUUCACCAGGCCCAACAAGAAACACCCGAAAAAAACUAGGAGUUUGGAGAAGCAAGGAAGAGGUUGAACCAGAUAAUCAUCAGAAAGAAAGGGCGAAAAUAAUGAAGAGAAAAAAACGGCCGGCCCUAGCUUAUCAGUUCGGAAACAACAUUAUUGUUGAAGACGAAGAUGGUGAGGUCAUAAAGACCUACGAGCUACCGCCACAGCGAACAAGGCAACCCAACAGUGAAUCAAGUACUGUCAGACAUGGUGUUAAUAAGGUAGGACAGUGGACUGGCAAAAAGUCAAGCGGUGAGGAGGCAUCAUCAGAAAUUAAUAGUCGUCAAGGAAUAAGCCGUUGGGGUCUACGAAAGAAGAAAUCAAAUGAGCGCUCCAUUGACGAAGAGGAAGACGAUCGUUACAUAAGAUUUACUAUUGAUGGCAAAGGCAAACGCCUAACAAAAGAUGAUCUCAUACGUGAGCUUCAAAAUAUGGAUCCCAAAACGAGACUUAACGUCAUCCAAGAUAGUGGAACAGCUAAGCCAACCGAGGAACUAGAAAGUCGAGAUGUCGCUUCAGGUGUGCGUGCAAUAGUGAGGACAUCCGGUAAAAAACCCAUAACAAAUACUACCGAACUAAAUUCUCCCUCGGGAUUGGAAGCAGCAGCGGCGAAAAAGUCCAGUAUCAAUCAUGGGACGAAUAAAGAAUACAAUAUUCAGAACAUUCAUACAAAUAGGGAUCUAGACGUGAAGAAAUUUUCAAAUUAUGAUUUAGAGAAACGAUCAAGCUUAAUGAAAAAAAGUAAGGCGGAAUCCAGCACUGAUCAGUUAGAGACCGAUGUUGAAAGGAGACGAAGGGAGGGAGCGCUCAAGGGAGUUGAUAAUGUCACACCGGCCCAAAUAGCACGGCCGAGGGCUAGCCCUGUGGCCAUGGCGCCAGACACUGCAACAGAUGUAGAUGAAUCACAGGAACUUGAAGGUGCAGUACAAGAGAAAGACACCGCUAAAGAACGGAAGAGCAGAGAGUUAUCAAGAUGUGAAAGUCAUGAUAUAGACGGCUACGAUUCUAAAGAUAUCUCACUUCGGGUACCCUUGCAGGGAACAAGUCGGCGCGGAAUUCGAUUUGCAGCCAGUCCAGAACGUGCGCGGGCUCCAGAAAAUUAA